ACAGCUGCCAACUUGAGAGAAUUUUGCCGCUUCGAUAAGCAAUGCAUCCUGCCGAACACCGAGUGUCAAAACAACCGCUGCACCUGCAAGGAAGGACGCGUGCCGUACCCGUACGUCGACGGUCUCAUCCGAUGCCUCGAGCGCGGCGAGAAGAAGUGGGGCGACCAAUGCAACGACACACUGCAGUGCGGCUACGACAAUGCCCAGUGCGCAGGCGCGCAACGCCGCGUGUGCGACUGCCAUCCGGACUUUCCUGCCACCAACAACCUGGACAAGUGCGACAUCCCACGAGUCAUCAACCAGUCAUGCACGUUUAAUGAGCAGUGUGAUAUGGCUGUCCUGAAGACAGAAUGCAGAGGAGGACUUUGUGCAUGUCGUUUUGGAAUGACCCCCCAGCAAACAAAUGGAGCAUGGAGUUGUGGAAGUGUACCAGAAACACCUAAACAAGUAACUCAUAUUGAUCCAGCGAUGAUUGGAGUAUUGGUGGGCAUGGCAUUAAUGUUCAUCAUUUUGUGUGUGGUGUUACGACUUUUCAGCAAGGCAAGAUGGCGUGAAAAUCGCACAAUAUUCAACACUCCAAACCCUCGACUGAUGAACGUGUCAUUACUCCGAGACAGCAAGCUGCUCCACAGCGGCGGUGAAAGACGAGGUAGUCGUGCCAGUGUACGAGCUCCCAGUCGUCAACCCAGCAUGGCCUCCCUUCGACCACAGUCACCCUCACAGUCUUUAGGUAAACCAGACAACCCACAAGGCAACGAAUCUCAGACAGAACUUGAGAGAAACAGAUCACUGAUUCUCCUUUUGGAGAAAUAGUCCUUUAGUUCUCUUUCCAUUCUAGACAUCAGUAGCAUUUAGUGAUAGUAUAGUACAUCCAAUUAUCAUGCUACUACUUACUUUCUCGCUGUAUUGCAUAAUGGUCAUGAUUCAUUUUAAAUAAACUAAACAUCUUUUUCAGUAUAAAAGAUGAACUUAGUGAACAAAUUUGGCAACAAGAACAUCCGCAAAAAAUAGUAACAGCACCCGAUGGUGACGUACGGAAGUCUCAAUUCUUUAAAUAGCACCAAAUUCCACAUAUUUCCUUAUCACUAAUUCUCAUAAUCAUUUAUAUUAGCAUUUUCUGACUGACAUAACAGCAGCUUUGACUCUUAGUGAAAAUAUUUCACUGAUAAAAUCACUAUUACUUUUAACAUUUAGAUAGUAGUUAUGUGUCUUAGCUUAUUGUGUUGUGAUUUCACUGAUUUUUUUCCCACAUCCCAGGUGUAAUUUAUGUUAGUGUUAGUGUUUUCACAUUCUAGUGUUUAUAUGUAAGUAGGUAGCUAAGUAGAAGUAGGGUUAGAUUUAAUUCUAAAUUGUGUCUGCAAGCAUGUGUACGCAACACUGCAAUUUGAUGGUAACAAUGUGACCUGAUUAUAAAAUGAUAUUCUAAUUUUGGAAUGAAAAAUAUUACUACUAAUAAUUCUAAAUGAGAUAGAUUUUAUAAAACAAUAUUUUAAAACAUCGCAACAAGCUGUGUACGCAACCAUGAAGCUAAGAAUAGAACUAGAAUCCAGUUGGAUUUCCAAAUUUAAGUGUGUUUAAUAAAAUCGACAAUAAAAAACAGACAUCUUACAAAUUUUGUUUAACUUAAACACACCUUUUUUUAAUAAUGAAGUAUUUUUGAUUGGUUAUUUCAAUGCAUUUUCAACAUCAUUUUUAAAACUUGUUUCCCUUUUGUUUGGGUAGGGGAGAAAUGUGUCACAGGAAUCGGAGAUCACUAAUGUUCCAGCCCAUCUACAUAAACAUUGUGUUGAAAUAUAUGGAACAAGUGGUCAUUAUCCUUUUUAAAAAAUACUUCAAAAAGAUAAUUGAUUGACUUCCUACAACUACAAAAUAGAAGAUAAAUCUCUCUUAUCAAAGAAAUCUAUUCUUCUAAAUUUCAUCUUCAUGUAUAAUUUUUUUCAAAAUAUUGGUAGCUUAAAUGAACUUUUGUGUGAAAUCAUGGCAGUUUUCAAAACCAACUCAAAAUUUUUUCUUUUACAGUAUUUUGAUGAUGACUUUGAAGUUUAGUAAAUGUUAUAAAUCUUAUACUGAUGCGAUUUUUAUUUUUUUUAUUUACAAAAACGUAUGUUAAAGUAAUAUUAUAUUACUAAACAUACAAAUAAUGCAAGAAAUGUGCAUUAUUAUGUGCUGCUGAUAGACCACAAUUAACAUUUAGAAUUUUCCUUAUUCAUAACACAAUAAUUGUUAUAGUUUCAUUUAAAAAUUUUUUGUUUAUUACAAGUUUACUAUUGAUUGUUUGCUUGUUUAAUUUUUGUGAAUUGCUUUCUCAUUUUUCACUAAGUUUUCUAUUUCAUAUAUUUUUUUUUAUUUUUUAUUGAGAAAUUAUUAUUUUGUUGCUUUUUGUUUGUUUUUUGUUUUUUUUAAAGCAGGGCAAUCUAAAAAGCAGGCAAUGGACAAACCCUCCUCUCUUAAAACCAUCACCAUUUCAAAGUAAACUCCAUCAGGUCACGUUGCCACAUUCCAUCAUAUUACAAUGAGAAGAACCAAUCAUGUGAUAAUCAGUUUCCCUUAAAUAAGGAUCCCGAGCUGGCUCGAGGAGGGGCAGCCGUGCCAGCAGCAACGCAUCAGGCACAUCAACAAAAUCACCCAAGUCGCCCACUCGGCCUGAAGCCAACAACACUGCAGCACCAGUGCUUGAAAACGUAACAGUUGAAGUGCAGGACCCGAAAGCAUAAACAGAACAUUGCCAGUGCCAAACCCAGCCAGUAAUAGAGGUCAUGUGCUGAUAAACUAUAACUCUUCAAAGUAAUUUUGAGAAUUUUUACCGUUAUUGAUCCAUCCUCAAGAAUUUUACAUAAAUUGUACCAAAGUUUUGUGCUGUUCACACUAUACAACACUCUUACUUUAUGAAAGAUCAAAUCUUGGCUACAUUGUAAGUGUAAUCAAUGCCUCACUGGCUUAAAUUCAAAACUACUGCCUAUAUUAAAAAAUAUAUAUGUAUGUAAAUUAUAGUACACUAUUAUAUGUGAAACCAAAUACAUAAACGAUCAUGUGUAUGUUUUUGGAUUAAUUCAAACUUAUUCAAGAUAAAUUCUAUUUUUUCUUAUAGUGUGAACAAGUGAUAAAUUAUGCAUGUAUGCACAACUGUACGUGGGUGAUUUAAAUUUACUGAGUGACUCCUAUGAGGGACCAGCAUCAACCUUGUCAGUGUCAGUUGUGUCCCAAAUACAAAACAUUCAUUCAGAAGACAAAUUAUACUUUCACCAUUAGAUUCGGAAUUCCACCUGAUAACAAAAUGAAAUAUAAUGAAACUCAUCUAGCAAUUUUUGGUAGAGCUCUGUGAACUCAUUUGACAAAAUUAGUACCAAAAAUUUUGUCACACAGGAGAAUUUAAACACUUCCUAGAUGAAAAAUGAGAGUGUUUGAUGCCAACAGGUAUUAAAUUUUGAAAGCUAUGAUUGAAAAUAUACAUAUGAGUUUUUCAUAUGUAGAAAAUCAGUGCGUACAUAUACAUAUAAAUAGAUACGUAUAGAGAUAUAUUAACAUGGGAAGACUGUUUCCCACAGCUAUUUUUAAGAAACAAAUAAGAAUUAUACAGUUAUUUAAACUAACAAAAGCAGUAGAGGCCUACUUGUAUAUUGCUUACUAAGAUAACAUUGUUUUCCUUAACCAAUCCAAAAGCUAACAUUGUACCAGGAUAAAUUGUCAAAAGUUAGGUCUUUCUCAUGUAGUUCAGAAAUUAUGUUAUGCUUAACAAUGUCAAUUACUUCACAAGUUAUCGAAUGUGUUUUCUAUUCUUUUCUUAUAUAAGCAACAUAGAUAAAAUCUAUGCUACCUAUAAAAACACAAUCUGUACUUUUGUGCCUAUUUUAUUAUAAUCUAAGUACCGAAAAAAAUUAAAAAAGAUCUUAAUGCAACAAUGCAAAUAUUUAUAUAUACAAAGUAGACCAAUUAUAUAAAUGCACUUUACCACAUAGAUUUAGAUACUUGCAUAUAUUUCUGAUAUAAUUAAGUUAGUCUUAGAAUUCUUUUACAAAUGAUUAAAUAUAAGUAGAAUUUCAAGAUAUGUAUCCAAGAUGGAAUGCGAGUGAUAAACUGAGUAGAUCUUAAAGCAUGUUCUUGUAUCUUUUCCAACCAAUAAGAAGCCAAAUUUAAAAUGCCUUCAACAGACUUGUAAAUACUCAACUCAUCGGAGAAAAUAAACUUUCACUCCUUUGAAAGCUAGUUCCUUUCCACUACUAUGACUUACUUUGAGUUAGCAUUUACUUUGAAUUACUUGACAGCAUGCUGUCAGAAAAUUAGGGGAAGGUUUUCUGAUUGGCAUGUAUGUCAAGAUAUAAAAUAAGCCAUUUAAUAUUACUACUUUUUGCACAUACAGCAACUAUGUGAAUCAUUUUAGUAUGUUUUCAUUGUUAAUAUGAACUAUUUAUGUACUAACAUGACAGAAAAAUUCAAGACUUCAAGAGUAAAUUCAUAUGAAGUCCUAUCACACUUCAAUACUCUCAUUACUGCUCAAGGAAAUUAUGAACUAAUAUAGAACUCUAUUACUAUUAGAAAACUGUACUUCAAGCCAAAUCACCUGUAUGUAGCUUGAAAAGCAAUUGUCUUUUACUAUACACAUAUUUAGAAGUGAUAUUGUUUAUAUACCUAUAUAUAUUAUAUACAUAUUAUAUAUAUAAUAGAGAGUAAAAUAUCCAUGUAGUCCAAAAUAUGCUUUCUGUACAUUUCUAUACAUGAAAAUUUGCUCUACUGUAAAUGCACUUAAUGCAAACUAAUGUUGAACUUGAAUCUUCGGGGAAGAGAUUCAAGUUCCAGACAUUGUGAAAGAGAUUUUUAUCAUAGCACUUUUUUUCUUAAAGAAGAUAAAAUAACAUUUAACUGUGUUGUAGCAAAAAGAGAUAUCUAAGUUUAGGGCUAGCAUUUCCGCUGAUGACAGCGAAGAACUGUUUAGCGAGCUUGUUUUUCUACUAAGCCUGCUUGAAUACUGAUUAAUACUUACCAUAUAAGAUAAAUUUUCACAAGCAGGUGUCUUUUUCUACUUCUUGCCUAGAGUAGAGUAGGUGCCGGAGGAGAACAUUUGCUUCUUGAUGUUUCAAGAGGGAAAUGACUGAACUGCACAAUUUGAAGUACUAUUCUUGUAAUAGGCACACCCAAAGGACACAUCGUCUUUUAUGAAAACAAAACAUUGUAGUAUUUAUUAUACUUCAAAAAUACACAAUUAUUACUAUAAUUAUUUGUACAAUAUGUACAUUGUAUCACAUUACUUUUAAUAAAAAUUCUCUCUGACAAUUGUUUUUUUCUUCAACAAACAUCAUGUAUACCAACAUACCCUUCUGAUAUUGACAUAAUUUAAAUUAUUCGACUGGUUCUCUUCACCAUAGAAUAAAAAAUGAUGACAGUAACAAAAAAGAAGUAGUGGUCACUUGUAAGACUUUUUUGAUCGCCAGUCCAAGUA